AUGACAGGCGACUGCAACGAAAACUGCCCCUUCCGAGGAGGCUUCCUCGACUAUGAGCCUUCGGCAGUUGGCAGCGCCAUCUUCUUGGCGGCUUUUGCGCUGUUGGUGCCGCUGACCUUCUUCCAAGGCUACCGCUUCAAGACGCCUCUCUUCGCUUCGACUUUGGCCACGGGUAUUCUGUUGGAGGUGUUGGGAUUCGCCGGAAGGCUGAGGCUGAAGAACAACGUCGCCAGCGAGACAUCCUUCACGUUAUGGCUCCUGGGUUCAAUACUCGGCCCGACUUUGAUCUCGGCAGCUCUCUGUCAAGUCCUACCUCACGUCGUCGCCCUAUAUGGUCUCGGUAUCGGCUUCACGCGCCCCAGAGUAGCCGGAUUAUCGCUUGUCUUUGCCCUUCUUCUCGUCGUUGCUCUGGAGAUUGCCGGUGUUGUUGCUGCCGUAUUUGGCCUUGGUGGUGUUCAGUCGACUACCAUCCUCCUCGCAGGCCUGGGCGUUCAGAUCGCGGCGCUCUUGCUGUUUAUCGGUUUGUACCUCUGGUUCACCCAGAAGAUCCCCGACCCAAAGCACAUUGCAGUAUACCAACAGCCGAGGUUCAGGCACUUUGUGAAGAUCAUGCCGCCACUCGCUGUGGUCUUGAUCGCACAUACCAUCUACCGUCUCGUCGAAUAUGGAGAGGGCCUCGGCGGCCCUCUCACAAGGACAGAGGUGGCAUCUCUCAUUAUCAGCGGCGCCCUGCCGUUUCUUGUGUGUAUUGCCUUGUGCAUCUACCACCCUGGAGCGGCGUUCGGCCGCGCUUGGGGUCUCACAUCCCCGAGGCUCCGCCGCCAGUCCCUUCGAUCUCGUCGUAGACAAGGGGGGCCAUCGCCUCUUCAUUCCCCGACCGCCCCAUGGGACAGACACAAGGGUCCCCGUCAGCCUGGCUUCACGGCUUCGAGAUUUCCGGAGAAGAAGAUGUCCCCGGUUGGCGUUGGACCAGUUCCCUUGCGAGACUCCACGAUGGCGAGCAAGCAGGCCGAAGAGCGCGCCCCCAAUGUGACCGGCAUGCCCCACGCCGGUCUCGGUUUGGGUGCCAAGGCAGAAGAUGUCCACGGCGAACAUUGCCAGUGA